GGAGCCCCGUGAAGCGGCUCCAAAGCCAGCAUCCACCCCCCCGGCACCGGGCAGGAAGGGGCGGGACGGGGCGGAGCGGCCACGGCGGAGCGGAGGCUGCGGCUGUGAGGGCACCAGGGCAUCACCAUGUCCCAGCCCAUCUCCUGCCCCAAGGAGCAGGGGGAUGCCGCGGAGACCCCCCCCAAGCCAGCACCAUUGGGAUCCCCCCUUCUCUUCCCUCGGGAGACGCUGUUCCGGCAGGCAGGCGGGGUCACCUACCGCAUCCCGGCGCUGCUCUACAUCCCAUCGGCCGCCACGUUCCUGGCCUUCGCCGAGAAGCGUUCCUCAGCCAGGGAUGAGGAUGCCAAGUACCUGGUGCUGCGGCGGGGCCGGCGGCACGGCCCCUCGGUGCAGUGGGGCCCGGUUCAGGACCUCUCCGCUCUGACCCUUCCCGGCCGCCGCACCAUGAGCCCGUGUCCCCUCUACGACUCCAGGACCGGCACCACGUUCCUGUUCUGCAUCUGCGUGGAGCGGGGCCGGUCGGAGCGGGGCCAGCUGUGGUGCGGCCGCAGCGCCGCCCGCCUCUGCUUCGCCACCAGCCCCGACGGCGGCCGCGCCUGGAGCCCGCUGCGGGACGUGACGGAUGAGGCCAUCGGCACGGACCUGUCCCGUUGGGCCACCUUCGCCGUGGGGCCGGGCCACGGCAUCCAGCUGGAUUCGGGGCGCUUGGUGGUGCCGGCGUACGCCUACUACAUCCCACAGCGCCUGUGCGGGCUGGUGCCGCUGCCCUGCUCCACGCGGCAGCAUUCCCUGGUGUUUUACAGCGAUGACGACGGUUGCCGCUGGCACAAAGGUGCCCUGCUCGGUGGCCGGCGCACGGGCGAGUGCCAAGUCGCCCAAAUCCAUGGGGAUGAUCCCGACGUUCCCGUGCUCUAUUGCAGCGCUCGGGCGCCGCGCGGGUGCCGGGCCGUGGCGCUCAGCACCGACCUCGGGCUGCGCUUCCAGCCCCCGCUGCGGUGCCCGGUGCUGGCUGAGCCCCCACGGGGGUGCCAGGGCAGCGUCGUGAGCUUCCCCGCACCGCAUCACACCGGCCCCGGCCCCGCGCCCGCCUGGCUGCUCUACUCCCAUCCCAUCGACCGGCACCGCCGCCGCGAUCUGGGCCUCUACGUGAACCCCUCGCCGCUGGACCAGGACGGGUGGUGGCACCCAUGGGUGCUGCGGGAGGGGCCGGCCGGGUACUCGGACCUGGCUGCGUGUCCCGGCGGGCUCUUUGGGUGCUUGUUUGAGUGCGGUGCUGAGAGCGCCUGGGAGGAAAUCGCCUUCUGCCUCUUCAGCCUGGGCACAUGGAGCCGCGGCGAGCGGAGCAGCGGUGCCUCCUUGAACGGAGCCGGCUCACAGGGGCAGCAUUCCCGAGCGCUGGAUCCCGGGAGCAGCGGUGCCUCCCUUACGGAGCCGGCUCUCAGGGGCAGCAUUCCCGAGCGCUGGAUCCCGGCAGCAGCGGUGCCUCCUGAACGGAGCCGGCUCUCAGGGGCAGCAUUCCCGAGCGCUGGAUCCCGGGAGCAGCGGUGCCUCCUGAACGGAGCCGGCUCUCAGGGGCAGCAUUCCCGAGCGCUGGAUCCCGGGAGCAGCGGUGCCUCCCGAACGGAGCCGGCUCUCAGGGGCAGCAUUCCCGAGCGCUGGAUCCCGGCAGCAGCGGUGCCUCCCUUACGGAGCCGGCUCUCAGGGGCAGCAUUCCCGAGCGCUGGAUCCCGGCAGCAGCGGUGCCUCCCGAACGGAGCCGGCUCUCAGGGGCAGCAUUCCCGAGCGCUGGAUCCCGGCAGCAGCGGUGCCUCCUGA